CCGUCAGCCACACAUGUUUUGGUUUAGCGACGACAGGUCAAGGAUAAGCCGACCAAAUUGAAUGUUACAACUUAUUAAGGAUGAGUGGAGAAAGAGAAGACAUUCUUCUUCAGAUGAACAAUGUUCGCUACAAAAAGGACAAUGGUCAGCUGUACUUGUCUCAGACACGAGUUGGCUGGUUGAUGGACGAGUCAGAUACCUCCACAGUGAGCGUCCCCUACAAUGAUAUCAGAACCCAAAAAAUCUCACCUGAGGGUAAACCAAAAGUUCAACUCCAAUUGGUUCUCCAUGAUAUGUCCUCCUACACAUUCCACUUCUGCACUCCAGAGGGCAGAGACAAGCAGGUGGCUGAGAGGAACCAAGUCAAGGAGCGCCUGAGUCAGCUGAUGACCCAAAACAGACGGCAGCCUCCAAAUGACUUAAUGGAGAAGAAACGGAUGUUGGACGAGAACGAGCAGCUCCACCACCUGUACCGUGCACUGGUCCCCACCUCCAUCAUCUCUGUGGAUGAAUUCUGGAAAGAGAUUGCAGGACAAUACAUGGGGGAACAUUCUUCCCCAAUGGCAGAUAUAAAACCUCAGACUGAUGGCAAUAACGGGAAAGUUCAGUACAACUUGACUCCAGAGAUUAUGUCCUCCGUGUUCAAAACUUAUCCGGCAGUGAAGAAGAAACAUAUCGAGUACGUCCCUCACAGGAUGACCGAAUCUGAGUUCUGGACACUGUUUUUCCAGUCCCAUUAUUACAGCGUGCAUACAACCAGCCGCAUUGAAAAUGUAUUCUCAGAAUGCUCAAAACAUGAUGACAGAGAAUGGAAUCGUGAUGUCAGCUCAACACAAAAUGAUCCUUUACAUGCUUUAAAUGACAUCUACGAUGAAAAACCCAUGUCUACAGAAAGUGAUCUGAGAGUUGCCGGUGUCAAAGCCGGAAGUAACGUCUUUCAUGCCUUAAUGAUCAAAAGAUUCAACCAACACAGUCUCAACAUUAUUAAAUCACAAACACAUUCUGAAAAGGAGAAGGUGUUGGAUGAGCUCGCAGCAAAAAACCCAAAUGGAAUUCCCAAUGGUGAAGUAAAACAGGACAUUCAAGUUCAGAAAAGUAAAAGGGCUAGAUUAGAAGAAAAAUUAGUUUAUGAUGACUUGGAAAAUGUCAACAAAGUGGAGACAUCCUCAUUAACCAUCCACCAAAGAGACCGCUAUCUUACAGGACCCACGGAAUACAGUACCACCCAUAGUUUACCACCACGCCAGGUCUCUGCCUUUAUGAGCAGUUAACAGAUAGUAUCAACAGUUGGUGUCCAAACUUGCACAUCAGCCAGGACCCAGAGUCUGCCUAUCGGUCUUUACAGCGCUUCAGUGAAAUGUGCCGUAAGGGAAGAUCUAGUGUAGGGGUUCGGACAGGUGAGAAAGAAAGAACCGAUUUCCUCUCAGAUAGAUAAUAUUAUACAGUAUCAAAUUUGUUUCCUCUGCAUUAGAAUUCAGUGUCUAUCCAACUGUCACCAGAUGUUU